AUGGAGGAAGGCACACUGGCACACGAACGGGGCGAGGAAGCGGCGACGCACGCCAAAAACAAGGACGACGGGCGGCGACGACUGAGUGACGGCAGGAGCUACACCAAAAGCGAGCAGGGAGGGUCAGACGGAACAGGUGGGCGGGUCCCAGUGCUUGGGUCAGGUGGAUGGCAGGGCUCUGGUUGGCAGACGAUGGAAGUGGUCAGGCCGUUCUGGCCGCACUUUCCCUUUCAGAUGCAGUGUGCUGCGUAA